UUUUAUAUUCCUUUAAAUAUCAAGUUAUGUGUCAUUAUGAUAUGCACAUUGGUUUUCCUUUAGAAAAUCUUAUAAUCCACAAUUAAAAUCCAAAAAAAUAAAAUAAAAUCUCGAUUUCUAGAUGACCUGCAUUCAUUAAAUUUUAUAUUUUCUAAUUAAAAAAUUACAGAGGAAUGUUAAUAAUUGUUGGAUUGAUGUUAGAUUUUAUACCGAUUUAAAAAUAAAUAAAUAACAGUACAUGGAUAUUUUCUUGAUUAAACAAUAAAAAUUAUUUUCCAAAAAUUAUGUGUGUGUGUGUUCACACUGACAUCAUCCAAAUGAUGUCAGCAAUCACCUGGAAAUACAUUUUUUUUAUCAAUUAUUUUCUUUUUUAAAUGAUCCUAUUCACUUGUAGUGUCUUGCUUUAAAAAUAUGGCCAAAACAAUUCCAACUAUCUCUGCAAUGAUCUUUACUUUCUUUAAUUUUUUUUUUUUGUAUGAAUCCUUGUUUCUUGUACAGCAGCAUGCUUUUCACAAGAUACAAUAGACCUGCACCUAUUUUCAUUACAGAGCUGAAGAAUAACUGGCACAGGCACUUAUUCAACAUAUUCUGUUCCUAACAUCCACACAGGCUGCAGGUGGGCAGGUCCUCAUGACACGGCGGGUGGAAAAUACUUUUUCCGCUCCACUAAUCUAGGUCAGCAGCGGGCAGUGAUAGUGAUAGGGAUGUCAGCUGGGAGCAGGAUAGAGGUUGUUCAGUGUGGUGAAGAGCUUCAGGGUGAAGAUCAUGUCUGCAUAGACUCUACAAAAGCCAAGGAGGAGCGGCAGGGGGAGGCUGAGGACGAAGAUCAGGGCCACCUGCCAGCCGUUCUGGGAAAGACAGUGACACCGGUGCCUGUGGGCAAGGAUAAACAGCACAAGAGGACGGAGGUGGAGAAGUCUCUUGGGAAAAGGCAGGAUGCUCGAGGGACGAACAGAGAACAGGUGAUCCAGGCAGAUGGCGCUGCAGCAGACUCGGUCUGCUUGGUCAAGCACUCUCGGAGUGUGUGUGUGAGUAGGAGGACUCAAGUAAAGUAUCAGAGAAGAGCUGUACAGGUACACAAUCUACAGAGGAACACGAGCCCAGAAGAGAAAAAGGGACUCUUUUUCUAUUUUGGAGGAGGAAACGGGGCCUCCAUGGUUGUUCCAUACUGUGAGAGCAAAGGCUGGCAGCGUAUUCAUGACAAAAACCGACUGGACUACAGACUGAAAUGGUGUGAACUGAAAUCUUCACACACCUACAACAACUUCAGAGCAGGAGAACAGUUGGUGUACCAGAUCCCAAACAACAUAGUCUUGACCACUAAAAUAGGACUUCUGAACAGUCUCAGAGUAUAUGACAGGGUCAGCAGCAAGAUCAACCAUGGAAGAGGACACAGGAGACUGAAGAUGGGCGAGUUUAUUCCAGACACAUUCCGCAUGGAUGUAAAAGAUGAGAGGGAAGCCUUCUUUUGCCAGCAAGAGGGAUUAUGCGCUGACAAAAGCAACAUAUGGAUCUGCAAACCAACCGGAUUGAACCAGGGUCGAGGCAUUUUCCUUCUACACACACCGGAGGAUAUUGCAGCGUUCAGAGCCAGGAUGGAGAUGUUAGCAGGCAGCCAUACAAACAAGAAGAUACCAUUUAGUAUGUCACCAGCAAUGAUUGCUCAACGGUACAUCCAAAACCCUUUGCUCCUAAAGGGCAAAAAAUUUGAUGUAAGAUCAUACUUAUUAAUCGCCUGCACCUCACCAUACACGGUGUUCUUUCGUCAUGGUUACGUUCGGCUGACCUGUGACCUUUACGACCCCAAGUCCAAUAACCUCACUGCACACCUGACCAACCAAUAUAUGCAGAAGAAGAAUCCUCUGUACAGCAUGCUGAAGGAGGAGACAGUCUGGUCCAUGGAACGCUUCAACAGCUACAUUAAUGAGAAUUUCAUGGUGCCAAAGGGUCUGCCGAGAGACUGGGUUUUGACAGUUUUUACAAAAAGAAUGCAGCAGAUAAUGACUCAUUGUUUUCUGGCUGUCAAAUCAAAGCUGGAGUGUAAACUGGGUUACUUUGAUCUGAUUGGCUGUGAUUUUUUGAUUGAUGAGGACUUCAAGGUCUGGUUGCUAGAGAUGAACUGUAAUCCUGCUCUUCACACUAAUUGUGAAGUGCUGAAAGAGGUGGUGCCCAGAACAGUCAUGGAAACUCUGGACCUGGCCAUGGAGAUCUUCAAUAAAUGCUGCUGUGGCCUAAAGCUGUUGCCCCUGAGCAGUCAAAAAGAUUUUGUGCUUCUGCACUGUGGUGAAACUGCAGGCAUGUCCUCCACCAAACAGAGGAGCCAAACAGCAAGACCUCUCAGGAGAGCAUGCUCCAAAAGCCGAUCCAGCUCUAAGAAAACACAGCAAGCUGUAAACAUUUCAGGCUGUAGCUGGACAGCCAAUAGGUGCCCAGCUCCCUCUUCGACUAUUUCAUCCAACUGUCCAGAUGCUUUCAUUCAUAAAAGCCCACCUAUACCGCAGCCAAGGCAGAAUAUAGCUAAUGAACAAGCAACCUCAUUCACUUCAGCCAACCAUCUUGUGCGUUUCUCAGGACACUCAUUCCUCCGGUCCUCCUCAGACACUGCUGAUGGUGAGGUCUUAGAAACAGCCCAAAAGACUCAGGGUGCAAAACCUGCAGAACUUAACCAAAGUCAGCUGCAGUCUAACAAAGCCAUUCCCAUACGCAUGGAGUGCACCUGGCAGCAACCUGAAGUGACCUCUGACCUCAGCAAGCAAGAGCAUGUGAUGGCAAAGACUGCCAUUAUAUCUCUGUCUAGUCCCAUGCUGAAUGAUGACUCCAACAUCAUGGGCAAGCUUAUGACUGAAGCUGGCCAAGCAGAGCAAAUGGAUGCUUAG